AUGCCGGCCGGCGUGGUGGACGCCGCCGCCAAGGGCGUCAAGCUGGAGCGGCACGCGUUGCUGCUGCGGCGCGCGGCGGGCGCCAAGCAGCUCGUGUCGGCAUCGUCGCACCUGCUCUUCCGCGCCACCGUGCUCGCCACGCUCGGGCUCGUCGUCCUCUUCGCCGUGCACUACCCGUCCCUGCUCUCCCACUCCUUCAGCCUCUCCGCGUUGCCCGCGUCCGGCUCCCGCUCCUCCUCCUCUUCCUCCUCGCCGCGGUCUCGGCACUCGCACCGGAGCCUGCUAGGCUCGGGGACAUCGUCGUCGUACGGGUGGGGCGCGGCGUGGGAGCGGGAGGUGCGGCGCAGCGCGAAGCCGCGGCGGGACGGGGCGCUGUCCGUGCUCGUCACGGGCGCCGCGGGCUUCGUGGGCGCGCACUGCUCGCUGGCGCUCCGCGCUCGCGGCGACGGCGUGCUCGGCCUCGACAACUUCAACGCCUACUACGACCCGUCCCUGAAGCGCGCGCGGCAGCGUCUGCUGGCAUCCCGCGGCGUGGUGGUGCUGGACGCCGACAUCAACGACGCCGCGCUGCUGGAGCGGCUCCUGUCCGCGGUGCCGUUCACGCACGUGCUGCACCUCGCGGCCCAGGCGGGCGUGCGCCACGCGAUGCGGGCGCCGCAGGCGUACGUGGCCUCCAACGUCGCGGGCCUCGUCGCGCUCUUCGAGGCCGCGGCAAGGCACGCCGACCCGCAGCCGGCGGUCGUGUGGGCGUCGUCGUCGUCGGUGUACGGGCUCAACACCGAGGCGCCUUUCUCCGAGGACCACCGCACGGACCGCCCCGCGUCGCUGUACGCGGCCACCAAGAAGGCCGGCGAGGCCAUCGCGCACGCGUACAACCACAUCUACGGGCUCUCCAUCACUGGCCUGCGAUUCUUCACCGUCUACGGGCCGUGGGGACGCCCCGACAUGGCCUACUUCUCAUUCGCCCGCAGCAUCGUCGCCGGCGAGCCCAUCACGCUGUUCCGCACCGCCGACGGCGCCGACGCGCGCCGCGACUUCACCUACAUUGACGACAUCGUCAGGGGCUGCCUCAGCGCGCUCGACACGGCCGGCAAGAGCACGGGCUCCAAGUCCGGCAAGAAGCGCGGGCCCGCGCCGCUCCGCGUGUACAACCUCGGCAACACCUCGCCGGUGCCCGUCACCCGCAUGGUCGCCAUCCUCGAGAAGCUCCUCGGCAAGAAGGCGCACAAGCGCGUCGUCACGAUGCCGACCAACGGCGACGUGCCGUUCACGCACGCCAAUGUCAGCCACGCCGCGCGCGACUUCGGCUACCGCCCCGCCACCUCGCUCGAGGUUGGCCUCCGCCAUUUCGUCGACUGGUUCGUGCAGUACUACAAGGUCGACGUCAGGGGCGGCGGCAAUGUCCUCGCCGGCAAGACCGCCAAGAGGAAAUCCAUGCCCAUGUCCGCAGCAUCGUGA